ACCUUGACUUGUCCUUCAUUGUAUGGGUACCUGUGAAAUCAGCACGUGUCUCGUGUCGUGUCCACACACAUGGGAGCGAGAGUCGAGUCAUGCAGAGAGCCUUCCCACCCAUCCAUCCAUCCACCGCACCCAAAUCACUUACACAAGCACCUCGAAAUAAGUCCGACCAUGAAGUCAGUCAGUCAGUCAGUCAGUUUCACCAACCAGACGUACGUUAAAACAGUACCAGCCAUGACACGCCUGAUCCGCCCAUCCCAUGCAGUGGCUCACCCUGCCCAUUCGCUCGUUCCCUCAAGUGACUUCACUGUGGAGCGGCCCCCCCUCCCGUCGGCUGUGUGGGCGGGGUGGUCUGCUGCGGUGCAGCCGCUGGAGCGGGGGCCGCGCCGGGCGCUCCGGGGGCGGCACCGGGGGCACCGGGCGGCCGCAUGCCCUGUCAAACAGCACGACAGACAGAAGAAAGAUGUGGGCGGCCUGUCUGCUUCUAGUGGUUGUGUGGGGAAGGAAGGUGCUUACGGGCGGCAUCAUGCCUGGCAUCAUGCCACGGCCGGCCUGACACACACAAGGGCAGACAGAACAGAAAUGAACACAAUGCAGUCUGUGUGGUGAGGUGGAUCCGUCGUGUGCCUUUCUUCCGUCAGGCGUGUGUGGUGCGCACCAUCAUUUGCUGCAUCAUGGCCGGGGGAGGCAUGCUGACACCACACACACACACACAGAGAGAGAGAGAGAGACAGAGAGAGAGAGACAUAUAUCCACGCGCAAGUGUGUCCAUCCCUGUGUGCCUGGUGUGGUGGUGGAUGUGUGUGUGGGUGUAUGUUGGUAGUGAGCUUACGCCGGCAUCCUGCCCGCCAUCAUGCCCAUCAUCCCCGGCGGCAUCGCCGGGCGACCAGCCGCAUCCCUACACACAACACGACACACCAACGGCAGCCCCAAUAAUCCCACAUCAAGAUUGAUGAUCCCUAGCUUCCAUCGACUUACUUCGCCCCAGCUGCUGCAGGCAUCGCACCUGCCACACCACACCAAACCACACCAAAAUAUCGAUUUGUAAGUAUGUCAGUCAGUCAACGAGGUGGUUCGGUUCGCACCGGGCAUGGGCAUGCGGGGCAUCAUGGCCGCCAUCCCAGGACCGCCCACACCGCGAACAGGACCUGCCAAACCUGUGUUGUGCGUGCGAGGGGGGAUCAUGUCACAGGAUAUAUCAACACAAUACAUCACCAUGAUGAGCGUGUUCUCCAGUGGCAGAAUCAGUUCUAAUUACUCGUGAGUGCGCACGCAAUGGUACCUGCAGCGGGUCCGCCCAUGGGGGCGACGGGCACUCCUCGUCCAGCAGCCACGCCGCGACCCGGACCGGCUACCACUCCCUCGCCCGCCUUCUUCUGCACACACACCCACACACACACCCCAGCCAACCAAGGCAGAUGAGCGUGUGUGUAUCUGCGUUGAGUGUGGUGUCUGUGUGAUAGACAGGCCACGCCAGGCCACGUACCCCCGAGGGCGGUGGCGCCUCGGCUGUGAGCGAUAUGAUGUUCUCGCCGCGCAGGAUCACGAAGCCCAGCGAGCGCUUGAUCUCCUUCUCCUCCUUCUCUGAACAAGAAAGAAAAAAGACACAACACAAACCACAUCCUUCGUAUGUCAGUCAGUCAGGUGACGUGACGACCGCAUGUACCUUUGCCCUUUUCUCUCUUCUCCUUGAUGCGCCUGAACUCCUCGCAGUCGGCCAGCACGAUGUUCAUGUGCCGGUCAAAGGCCAGCAGGGUGCCCACCAACAUCCGGGUGUCCUGCACUCACACACACAACACACAACACACAAAACACAACACACACGGUGGUAUGGCGCUCACUCCCCUCCUCUCUCUGGCUUGACUGACUGACCUGAAUGGUGACUCGGACCCUGUAGUUGAUCCAUUGCUGCAUACGCGUGUUCUUGCCCGGCUGUGUGAGCACACACACAACACACACGCACACACGACAGACACAUAGGAUAGGCAGAGAAGAGCGGACAAGUGUGCAGCACAUCGUCACUCACCAUUUUCGCAAGCUGAUGGAAACCUCAAUAUCUCAAAUCAGAGAGCGUCUCGGUGGCAGGAGGCCUCUGCGUCACCCCACACACGCCGGGAACGACGAGAUCUGCU